CAAAGGCAUAUGUAUCGAAUUCAAGUGAGAGAAAGUGGAGAGAGACAAGAAUUAUGUGGCUUUGGAUUCUCCCACCAGAUCGUGCCUGCCAGCUUUUUUGUGAAAAUGGUUUUGCUUUAUCAUAAAAUCAAGAAAAUAGAGAAAGGGUAGAGAGAGAAAGCACAGAGAGAUGAGAGGGGUGAAAGACAUGGAGGUGGUGGCUAUGGUAGUUUUCCUCAUUUGCAUUCUCAGCUCCACCAAUGGCGAUACAGAUCCAAACGAUGCUGCUGCUAUUAGCGCGUUGUAUACGGGUUUGAAUCAGCCACCUCAGCUCGAUAAAUGGAAUCCAAGUGGUCAGGACCCUUGUGGGCAAAACUGGAAAGGAAUUACCUGCUCAGGCUCAAGAAUUACUGAAAUAAGGAUAUCGGGUCUGGGACUCACUGGGAAUAUGGGGUACCAGCUAGAUAAAUUGACAUCAUUAACUACUUUCGAUAUCAGUAACAAUAAUCUCGGAAAUCAGAUACCUUUUCAACUUCCUCCAAAUGUGACAAGACUAAACCUUGCCAGUUGCGGCUUUAGCGGUGGCUUUCCAUAUUCCAUAAACCAAAUGAGAUCUCUAGAAUAUCUCAAUUUAAGCCACAAUAAUAUUCAGGGUCAAUUGAGUCUCCAGACCAACCUGUCUGCUCUCACCACAUUGGAUUUGUCUAAUAAUCAGAUGUCGGAUAAUCUUCCUCAAAAUUUCCAGUUCCUAUCAAGCAUACAGAAUAUGUAUUUACAAAACAAUCAGUUUACUGGAACUCUUGAUGUCCUCGCUAAUCUACCACUUGAAAAUCUGAAUGUCGAGAACAAUCGUUUUACCGGAUGGGUCCCUCAACAAUUGAGAGGCAUAAACAUUCAUGCAGACGGCAAUCAAUUCAAUUCCGGGCCUGCCCCUCCACCGCCACCUGGCACUCCGCCAGCUGUCAGGCCCAGCCGGAACCACCGUGGCGGCGGCGGCAGUGGCGGUGAAGGCUCGUCCGGUGGCGGCGGAGGCUCUUCCGGCAUUGGCGGCGGUGCUAUAGCCGGAAUUGUUAUUUCUAUUCUGGUCAUUGGGGCUAUAGUUGCGUUUUUCGUCAUAAAGAGACGAUCGAGAAAGUCACCCAUGGACAUUGAGAAGCUCGACAACCAGCCUUUUGCUCCCCUAACUUCGCAAGAAGCGCAAGAAAUCAAGUCUGUUAAGGCUUCAUCAGCAAGCAGCACUACAUCUUUCGAAGCACCAGCUGUGAUAAGCCUGAAACCUCCUCCUUUUGAUCGUCAUAAGUCGUUUGACGAGGAUGAUGUAACCGUUAUGCCGAUUGUGCCCCCGAAGAAAGUCAACAGGGCACCAAUAGAUGCUAAGCUGUUCUCAGUUGCUGACUUGCAGAUAGCAACGGAUAGUUUCAAUGCAGAUAAUCUCAUUGGCGAGGGAUCUAUUGGACGUGUUUUCCGGGCUCAAUUGGAUGAUGGAAGGGUUGUUGCAGUGAAGAAAAUAAAUUCGUCCGUACUUUCGAAUUCAGAGGUUUUCCUGGACAUUGUGUCUGAAAUUUCGAAAUUGCACCAUCCGAAUGUAACUGAGCUGAUUGGGUAUUGUUCGGAGCAUGGUCAACACCUUCUCGUUUAUGAGUUCCAUAAAAACGGGUCCUUGCACGAAUUUCUGCAUCUUUCUGAUGAAUAUAACAAGCCUUUGACGUGGAACACUCGUGUCAAGAUUGCAUUGGGGACCGCAAGAGCACUCGAGUAUCUGCAUGAAGUGUGUUCACCUUCUGUUAUUCAUAAAAAUUUCAAGUCAGCAAAUAUUCUACUGGACAUGGAGCUCAAUCCUCACCUUUCUGAUUGCGCAUUAGCCAGCCUUGUCCGUGAACCAGAUCAGGCAUCGGGCUAUAGUGCACCUGAGGUGACAAUGUCCGGUCAGUACACCAUUAAAAGUGAUGUUUAUAGCUUUGGGGUUGUGAUGUUGGAGCUUCUUACAGGCCGCACGCCUUUCGAUAGUUCAAGGCCAAGAACCGAGCAAUCUUUAGUCCGAUGGGCAACACCUCAGCUCCAUGAUAUCGAUGCCCUCUCUAAAAUGGUGGACCCGUCUCUCAAGGGACUCUAUCCCGUCAAGUCACUCUCACGUUUUGCGGACGUAAUUGCCCUUUGUGUCCAGCCGGAGCCCGAGUUCAGGCCACCUAUGUCAGAGGUGGUACAAGCAUUGGUGCGGUUGGUACAACGUGCGAACAUGAGCAAGCGCACGUUUGGAAAUGAAGCUGCCUCGACUCGAGCUGGCAGUGGUGAUGCUGAGGACUAUACUCCGUAGGUUUCAAGCGAGUUUUUCCCGUUUGAUCAUCUGAAUCAGAAAAAAAAAGAAAUAAAAAAGAAAAACGAAAAAUUGUACUCGGAAAAUGAAGGUCCAUUGACGGUCAUCUUCUCGGUAAGUCGCCAUUGUGCUGGUCUUCCGGGUCGGGUUUCAUUCUGUUGUAUCAUAUAGUAGAGAAAGAAAAUUUGUUCAUUCUUGAGAGUUGGCUUGACAAAUAUUUGUCUUUUGUUCUUCCCUUAUGGUUAAUGGUUUUAUGUACCUGAUGUGAGAUAUUCAACUACCUUUGAUGAUGCUGCAGUAAUUUUUAGCUACUCUUUUUAAUGGUAUUUAUAAAAUAUCAAAUUACUUUACGUG